AUGCCGCCCAGCCGCACCCUCCUCCUGCUUCUUUUAAGCUUGCUUACUCGUGUCAGCACUAUACAUUGGCAAGAAAAUUUUGUGAAGUAUCCAAGCUUCAUUUGCGCUCAGCAGAAAUUCGCACAGUGCACUAAACCCACAAGCCGACUGUGUCUCCACCUGAACAAGCCAUCCCAAAACAAAUUCGAACUGAUAAGAAAAAAGUUAGAAGGCAUAGGAGUGUUCCCAAAGGACAUCGAAGAAACUUUCGUCAAGGGCACAGGAAAAGGCGGGCAGAAGGUUAACAAAACGAAUAACUGCGUCAUGAUAAGAUAUGACAGCGGGAAGGGGGAGAAAAUAGUAAUCAAGUGCCACAAGUACAGGUGUUUACAAAAGAACAGAAUAUACGCACGGGAGUUGCUGUACGAUAAAAUUACGUCCAUCAGGGACAACCUGGAGGAUGCUAUUAUUCACGAAAUUGAAAAGGAAAAGCGAAGAGUAUUAAAACCGACGGAUAGGGAAAAGAGGGAGUCAAUAAAUUAUAAGAAACGCAGAUCGGAGGUGAAAAGCAAUCGGCAAAAGAGUUUUCGCUAUGAGGAUGACAUUGGUUGA